AUGGAGGACGAUAGCAGAAUAAUAAAUGAUGAUGAAUCGUGCAUCACAAAUGAUUGUUAAGUGAACGAGACUUAAAUUAAAUAAUAUAAAAAAGUUAAAUUGUUGGGAGUUGGAGCAUAUGGAAAAGCCUAUCUUGUUUCCUCUGAUGAUUAAGAUGAAAUUAAAUAUGUUAUGAAAGUAGUACCUUAAUCAGUUUCGGCAAAUACAGAAGCAUCAAUAUUAUAAAAUUUAAGACAUGAUAACAUCAUCUAAUAUGUCGAAACCUUCAUAGAUAAUAAAGAUAGAUUAUGUUUAAUUAUGGAAUAUGCAAAUAGUAAUAUACUUUAAUAGUAAUCAAUUAGAUGGUACUCUAGGCUAAUAUCUAAAAUCAAGAACACAGCCUCUGCCUGAAGCAUAAAUAGUUGAUUGGUUUACAUAAUUAUGUUUAGCUUUGCAAUGUGUACAUUCUUAAAAGAUAAUUCAUAGAGAUAUCAAAUCUGAAAAUGUUUUUUUACAUGAUGACAAAAUUAAAUUGGGAGAUUUUGGAAUUGCUAGAUCAGUUGAAUAAGAUUUGGCAACUACAUUUAUAGGCACCCCCUAUUAUAUUUCUCCAGAAAUAAUACAAAAUUAACCUUAUUCAUAUAAAAGUGACAUAUGGUCUUUGGGAGUACUUCUCUAUGAAAUGUGUACAUUUAAAUAUCCAUUUACUGCUGAUUCAUUACCUGCUCUAGCCAAUAAGAUCAUGAAAGCAAAAAUAUAACCAAUUAGCGCAUAGUUAUAUUCAUAAAAUAUGAAAAAUUUAAUAUAACAGCUUUUGUAAUUAGAUGCAAAUAAGAGACCAACUAUAGAAUAAACCUUAUGUAUAUAAUUUAACCAUAAUUUAGAAAAUGCUGUAAUCCAAAAUAGAAUUAAAUAAUUAAACAUUAAGUAACAACAAAUCAUAAAAAUACCUGUUUAACCAAUGCAAAGUAAAGAUAAUUUUAAAAUUAGAGAAACAAUAACAUUAAGUUGUUAUAAAAAAUGAUGAAUACACAUAAAAUAAAAAAUUAUCCCGAGAGGAAUAAUAAAAAUUCAUGAGAGAAGAUAUUUAAAAGAAAGUAAAUGUUAUUUUAAUAUAGAAAUGUCAAUAAAAACCUUAAGAAGUAGUUAUAGAAUUAUUUGGUUAACCAAAAGUAAAAUAAGAUUAGCCUUAAUAGUAAAUUAAUUAAAUAGAUAAAAAAUUACCAAAAAGAAGAGAUAUUCCAGUCGAAAUUUAUUUACCUUUUAUAUCUAGAUCUGAGUUUUUAGAUCAAUAAUAAUAAUAAUAAUAAUAAUAAUAAUAACAAUAAUAAUAAUAAUAAUAAUAAUAACUACCUUAACAGAGUUAAUCUCUAGAUAUAGUGACUAACAAUAAUAAUAAUGAAACACAAUUAGAAAGACAAACUUCUGAAAACUCAUUAAAUUAAGAUUUGUCAAAUUAAAAGGUAGAAAAGUAGAUCUCCAAAAAAUAAGAAAGCCUCAAAUGUGUUCCCUAAGACACAUAAAUUGCAUAGAAACCAAUUAUCAAAUUAAGUUUUGAAAGGGCAGAAAAAAUAAGAAUGAAUUUGGAAUAGGCUUUCGGAACUGAUUCAUUCUUAAAGGUAUACCAAAUUUUUAGAGGAUUAAGAGAACAAUUUAGUGUAGAUGAAAUAUUUCAACAAUAUGGACCUACUUAUGAGAGUUUGAUUCCAGAUAUUAAUUAGUAAUGUAUGUAGGAGUAAUUAUCAAAUUUAUUUAUAUUACUUGAAUUUGAUUUGGAUCAAUGA